CUGAUAGUGUUCAUCAUUGUCUUGCCACUCAUUCGCUACGGUGUAUCACUAGCCAUUCACCAUUUUUACGACUUUGUAGUGCUUUUAUAGGUGCACCUUUGGCUUUGGCCUUUUGCAUAAUUACGAAUCUGAUAUUCUGUAUAUCCGGUAAAUCCUGAGAAACUACAAACCGACGUUGUUUGAGCAGUAUUUAUUACUUUGCUAUGUCGUUUUACUGCGUCCAUCUCAAUCUUUCCGAUUGCACUUGAAUGCAGCAGUAGGCGCUCAUCUGUUGGACAGGGAAACUAAUCAGGAGCCAAGUAAAGACUUUUCAGUACUGCUAGCUUCAAGGCUAGCAAGCUCUUAAAGUCAGCCGUCCACACGACUAAGGAAUACAGACUUUGUUUAUAAAGUACAGUGUCUCUUCUGUACAGUACACAUCACUUGAGCUAUGUUUUAGUAACACCGUUUUGUUGCGCUGAAAGUAGCAAGGCGGACAGCCUCUGGCCAGCUGAAGCUUGCGGCUAGCUCAUUAACGUUAGCUGGGAAAGAAGUGCAAGCGGAGGCAAGAAAAUGGAGCUGGACGACGUAGUCCUGUAUCAGGACGACUCGGGCAACUCUACCAUGAUGUCCGAGCGGGUCUCAGGUCUGGCCGGUUCAAUAUAUCGUGAGUUUGAACGGCUAAUCGAAAGAUACGGUGAGGACGUAGUGAAGGAGCUGAUGCCGCUGGUUGUUGCCGUCCUGGAGAACUUGGACUCCGUGUUCGCUGUCAACCAGGAGCACGAAGUGGAGCUGGAGCUGCUGAAGGAAGACAACGAGCAACUCGUCACCCAGUAUGAGCGAGAGAAGGCGCUGAGGAAACACACAGAGGAGAGGUACAUUGCCUUGGAAGACUCCCAGGAUGGCGAGAAGAAGGAUCUCCAGAGUCGACUGGUGAUGUUGGAGUCACACACACGCCAGCUAGAGCUAAAAACUAAAAACUAUGCAGAUCAAAUUAGCAGAUUGGACGAGAGAGAAGCAGAGCUCAAGAAGGAUUAUAAUACCCUUCAUCAGAGACACACUGAGAUGAUCCACAGCUACAUGGAGCACCUGGAGCGAACUAAACACCAACAUGCAGUCACAGUAGCAGAGCCCUCAGACGCAGGCACAGGCACAUCAGCCAGAACACGAAAGGAGCGUCCCAUCUCCAUGGGCAUUUUCCAACUUCCUGGGACUGAUGGUAUGACCCCUGACCUCCAGCGGGGACCUGUGGAAACCCCUUCUGAGCCAUGGAGAUUCAACAACCUUAGCCAUCCGCGGUCCAAUACCAGCCUCAAGUUUGAGGAACGAUUCUCCCCAAUCAGAGUGGAAGGUGAAGGUUCGCAGGAGAGUUUGCCCAAUCAGGAGGCUGAUAAGGACCAGGAUGAAUUGGCCGGUUCAAACCGCAAAGGCUCCAAGCCCAGUACUCCUACCAGCCAGGGAAGUGUUUCCAAAAGUGGAACACCUGUGUCUUUACAAGACGGAAAGGCCACACCCAACACCCCCUUGUCCUCGCAGGGUGGUGCCUCUAAAUCAAACACCCCCACAUCUUCAUACAGUGCUAACUCUCAGUCCACCACACCACUAUCUCCUCAUGAUGGAGUGUCCACUGGAAUGAGCACUGUUUCCUCUGUCACACCCCCGUCCACUGCUGCUUCUGAUGUUGCCAUGGAGUCUGUGGAACAGGAAUUUUCAGAAGGGCUCAACCAGAACCUGGACUGGAGCAGAGGAAAACCAGAGAGCAGGAAGAACAUCGCAGCCGUGCAAGAAGGUCAGCAGGGUCAGGCUGGACAUGAUGCCUCUACACCUCUCAAGGCUGAUGAUGGAGCAGAAAACCUGGAGAAGUCUGAGGUGCAGGCCAUCAUAGAGUCCACUCCAGAGCUGGACAUGGACCUCGAAGGCUGCAGAGGAACCAGCACACCAACUAAAGGUGGCAUCGAGAAUCUAGCGUUUGACCGCAACACUGAAUCUCUGUUCGAGGAGCUGUCGUCUGCAGGAAACGACCUGAUAGGAGACAUGGACGAAGGAGCCGACCUGCUGGGUAUGGGUCGGGAAGUCGAACAUCUUAUCCAUGAGAACGCCCAGCUGCUGGAGACCAAAAAUGCUUUGAACGUGGUGAAAAAUGACCUGAUAGCACAAAUGGAUGAACUGACUUGUGAGAAGGAAGUUCUGCGAGAUGAGCUGGAAGCUGUCACUCAGGCCAAGACCAAACUGGAGGACAGGAACAAAGAAUUAGAAGACGAACUCAAGAAGAUUCGAGCAGACAUUGAGGACUCCAAACAGAAGGUCAAGAAUGACAACGAGGAUGAUAGCGAUGUGCCUACAGCCCAGAGGAAGCGCUUCACCAGGGUGGAGAUGGCCAGAGUCCUGAUGGAGAGGAACCAGUACAAGGAGAGGCUAAUGGAGCUGCAGGAGGCUGUCAGAUGGACAGAGAUGAUCCGGGCUUCAAAGGAGAACCCAGCUCUUCCAGAGAAGAAGAAAUCCAGCCUCUGGCAGUUUUUCAGCCGUUUGUUCAGCUCGUCGGGCGGAGCCCCCAAGAAGCCGGCAAUUGAAGCCCCAGUGAACGUCAAGUACAAUGCACCCACCUCUCAGAUUCAGCCGUCGGUCAAGAAGAGGAGCAGCACCCUGCAGCAGCUGCCCAGUGACAAGAGCAAAGCCUUUGAUUUCCUCAAUGAGGAAGUGGCAGCUGAUAACGUGGUGUCCAGGCGGGAGCAGAAGAGGGCUCAGUACCAGCAGGUCAAAGCCCACGUCCAGAAGGAGGACGGCAGAGUGCAGGCUUACGGCUGGAGUCUGCCGAAGAAAUACAAAGCCAAUGGUGGUCAGACGGAGAGUAAGGGGAAGAACCUGCCUGUUCCUGUCUUCCUCAGACCCCUGGAUGAGAAAGAUGCUUCUAUGAAGCUGUGGUGUGCUGCUGGUGUGAACCUCUCUGGAGGUAAAACCAGAGACGGAGGUUCCAUCGUAGGAGCCAGUGUGUUUUACAGUGACGUGCCUGGACCGGAGAGCCCUAAAAGGAAAAUAGGAUCUCAGAGCAGCUUGGAUAAACUGGAUCAAGAACUCAAGGAGCAGCAGAAGGAGUUUCGGCAGAACGAUGAGAUGUCGUCGCUGGUCUGGAUCUGUACCAGCACAGAGUCCACCACCAAAGUUGUUGUCAUUGACGGCAACCAGGCUGGAAACAUCCUGGAGAGCUUCUUUGUUUGUAACUCCCACGUCCUCUGCAUUGCCAGUGUUCCAGGUGCAAGAGAGACAGACUACCCAGCUGGUGAGGAAGUAGCUCCAAACCCCGAGACAGGACCAGCGGUGGACAGCAGCUCACAAUCCACAAAUGGCAGCACAGCAGGUGGCGAUGGCGUGCUCGGAGGCAUCACUGUUGUUGGCUGUGAAGCUGAGGGAGCAACAGCUGUUCCUCAGACAGCAGUCGGCCCAGGAGAGGACGGAGAAAGUGAAUCCAGAGCGGCAGAUGAAGCCACAGAAGCGACCGAGGCCAGUGCAGGGCCUGCUGACCAAAGAGACAGUCUGAGGGGAGUCUACACAGAACACGUCUUCACUGAUCCACUGGGAGCUCAGCAGCCAGCAGAGGCUCCUGCCAACUACUCUCAGAGGGAGAGUGAUCUGUUGAAAGACGGUGUGAGUUCAAAUCCCAACGCAGAGGAGCAGGACCUGAUGAGAGAAGAGGCUCAGAAAAUGAGCAGUGUACUUUCCACUAUGUGGCUGGGGGCACAGAACGGAUGUGUGUACGUCCACUCCUCUGUGGCUCAGUGGAAGAAGUGUCUCCAUUCUAUAAAGCUGAAGGACUCAGUGCUCGGCAUAGUACAUGUGAAAGGGCGUGUACUGGUGGGUCUCUCUGAUGGCACUUUAGCCAUUUUCCACAGAGGAGUAGAUGGACAGUGGGAUCUGACCAACUACCAUCUGUUAGACUUGGGGAGACCACACCACUCCAUCCGCUGCAUGACUGUAGUGCAUGACAAGGUGUGGUGUGGCUACAGGAACAAGAUCUACGUGGUGCAGCCCAAAGCCAUGAAGAUAGAGAAGUCAUUUGACGCCCACCCUCGUAAAGAGAGCCAGGUACGUCAGCUGGCCUGGCAUGGUGAUGGUAUCUGGGUGUCCAUCAGACUGGACUCCACGCUCAGGCUGUUCCACGCUCACACCUUUCAGCACCUUCAGGAUGUCGACAUCGAGCCCUACGUCAGCAAGAUGCUGGGUACGGGGAAGCUAGGCUUCUCAUUUGUGAGGAUCACAGCUCUCAUGGUGUCAAGUAAUCGUCUGUGGAUCGGCACUGGGAAUGGAGUCAUCAUCUCCAUCCCUCUGACGGAGACAGCCAACAAGGUAACCAAGGCAGCAAAUAACCAUCCAGGAAGUGUAGUUCGUGUCUACGGUGACGACAGCAGUGACAGAGUGACAGCCGGGACGUUUGUUCCUUACUGCUCCAUGGCUCACGCUCAGCUCUGUUUCCAUGGUCACAGAGAUGCUGUCAAGUUCUUCACCGCUGUCCCAGGUCAUGCAUUUCCAUCUGCUUCCUGUGGAGUCGAGGCAGCAGGUGAUAAGACGACAGAUGCCGCAGCACAGGAAGGAACAAAGUCCAUGUUGGUGAUGAGUGGAGGAGAAGGCUACAUUGACUUUAGGAUGGGUGAUGAGGAUGGUGAGGCGGAGGAGGGCGAGGAGCCCCCCAUGAAACUGCAGCCCUUCCUGGCUAAAGCCGAGCGCAGCCACCUCAUCGUCUGGCAGGUCCUUGCCAGCGACGACUGAACUCUGACCUCGGACCACUGAGGCCUGAUUUGCCUUUUCUCUCAAACCCGCUGCCCUGGAGGAGGAGCUCAGGUGGACGAUUCUCCUCCACUGGCACGAGUUUAAUCAGCACUUUUUUCUUCCUGAACAAUAAGAGUGAAACAAGCAGAAGCUGCUCUGAGAGCGUUCUCAGUGGUAAACAGAUUCACAGUAACUGCAUGUAAUUGUUUUAUUUGUUGUUUUCUCUUAUUUGUUCCUUUUUUUUUAAAGAAAAAACAAACAAACAUUUUUAUGAAUUUGAAUUUGAAUCUAUGAUAAUGCCUCUAUCUCUUCAAUAUUAUUUGAGGUAAAGCUGUUUUUGGAUACAGAAUUUUUUUUAUUUGCUCAGCAAAUACAAUAGAUUCCCCCCCCCCUGACAUUUCCAGGUUCCCUUCACUCAGUUCAGUAGUUGUGUGCUCCUGCUGGACUCUGCUUGAUGCUAAACCAGUUGGUCAAACAGAAACAAAUCACCUGCGAGCUCCCCGGUGCCCUUCAUGAGUGGAGACUGUUGGAUUCUUGCUGAAUCCCAAAUCCUGUUUCACGUUGUUUCUUUGUUUUUCAUCCUUUGAGAACUUGGCUUUUGAUUGUAUGCAAGACAAAUUGGAUUGAUUGCCAGUUGUUUCUCGGUCAGGAUUUGUUCAGCUUCAAGUAUCCGUUAGAGCAGAAGAUGGCCCUGUAUUUAUCUUAAUACUCCAGAUGUAAUCGUGGUAGCCGCAGUUUAAUCCACCAUUACAUUCCAGUCACAGAGCAAAACCUCCAAUAUUCUGAAAAGUAGAAAUGUUUUGAUAAAACCCAGAAGGUUGUAUUAACACUUAGCACUGUUCUGAAGAUAUUCCCAGAAUCCGUAAAGACUCUUCUAGCCAUCUGAAUGAAAACAUGUUCCAUCAGCUGCAUGAUUAAAAUAAUGUUCAACUCA